UGCCGGAGCUCCCUCUGCUCCCCUUUGUGGUCUCUGCAACACUACCUCCGUCCUUCCGAUCGUCUUCUCCGGCGGGCUGCCGCCCUUUCGGGGUGUUGUUCAGCGGGUGGCUGUCUCCUGGGUAAUUGCUGAAGACGAUUUCCCUUUUCCUCUUCGGACAGGACUGGAGGAUAACAUAGAACAAUGAGUGAGAGGUUUACAAUCCAGAUUAGCUCUAGCUUGGUUGAUAGGCUUGCAGAACAAGAUGGAAAGGUUAAGAAACCAAAGAAAUCCAAGUCAAAGAGCCAGGGUAAGGAGCAUGUACAUCGUCCACCCAUUGACUCAAAAACAUCAACUCCUGCUGGAGGAUGGCCACCACUCCCUUCACAGCUACCUUUGCCUUUAGUGCAGCCUCCUGCUGCUCCUCCUUCAGCCGCUGUCACAAAUCCGGAGAUACAUGCAAUUCAGUCCAUCCUAAAGGAGAGUGAGCAAGUCAUUGAGAGGAUGAAAAAGAUAGAGGCCAACAUGACUGAAGAAGUUAAACAAAGGGCAAAGGAACUUCAUGAUAAGGAGUUUAAACUUCCCUACCAGAAGCCUCUACCCUGCGUAGCGGAAAAAGAUGCUUGCUUGCAAUGUUACAAGGAACACAUGAAGGAUCCUCUUAAAUGUGCACGGGUCGCUAGAAACUUUGCAGAUUGUGCGAGACAGGCUCGGCAGCAGGCAUAAUUUUCGAUUACUGGCAAACUUUAUGACACAUAUUUGGCAUCGGGUGAGCUGACAUGCGUUCUGGAGUGGAUUCACCUUGAAUUGGAGCUUACUGUGUGUCUCUGACACUUCUGAAAUUCUCAAUCUUGUUCCUCAUAUUCCAUCAAUUUUCCAUGAUCAUCAAUGGUGGAUCAUGUCAAUAAUUCUGAGAUGGAAUUUAUUUUUGAAAUGCAUGUCCAGUACUUCAUUUUGCUUUUGAAUUUUCAGGGUGGGUCAUUUUUCCUCCGUUGGCAUAGGCAUGAAUCCCUCAGCCAUUACAGCAAUGGAUUUCAGUCCUACUUGUAAUGAAUAACUCGUCCAUUUGUUCUGAAACGAGGAACAAUGCUACGUGAAGUUAAUUUUCAAGAAUAUGCUUGUGAUUGUCGA